AUGGAGAAAUGGAAUCAAACUUCAAAUGAUUUCAUUUUGUUGGGGUUGUUUCCGCCAAAUCGAACUGGCCUGCUUCUCUUGUUUCUGAUCGUGCUCAUAUUCUUUCUCGCCUCAGUGGGUAACUUGGCCAUGAUUUACCUCAUACGCUUGGACGCCCGGCUCCACACACCUAUGUACUUCCUCCUCAGCCAGCUGUCUCUCAUGGACCUGAAGUAUCUCUCCACUACCGCCCCCAAGAUGGUGUUCAACUUCCUCUCCGGCCAGAAAGGCAUCUCCUUCCUAGGAUGCGGGGUGCAGUCCUUCUUCUUUCUGCUCAUGGCAUGUUCUGAAGGCUUGCUCCUGGCUUCCAUGGCCUAUGAUCGUUACGUGGCCAUCUGCCACCCCCUCCACUACUGCAUCCGCAUGAGUAAAAGGAUGUGCGUGAAGAUGAUCGUGGGAUCUUGGAUCUUGGGGUCCAUCAACUCCCUGGCACACACAGCCUACGCCCUCCAUAUUCCUUACUGCAGGUCCAGGGCUAUUAAUCACUUCUUCUGUGAUGUCCCAGCCAUGUUGCCUCUGGCCUGUAUGGACACCUGGGUCUAUGAGUACAUGGUUUUUGUGAGCACCAGCCUUUUUCUCCUCUUCCCUUUCCUUGGCAUCACUGCUUCCUACAGCCGCGUUCUUUUUGCUGUCUACCAUAUGCAAUCCAGAGAUGGAAGAAAAAAGGCCUUCACCACCCGUUCAACACAUUUAACCAUAGUGACCUUCUACUACGCACCUUUUGUCUACACCUAUCUUCGGCCCAGGAACCUCCGCUCGCCAGCAGAAGAUAAAAUUCUGGCAGUCUUCUACACCAUCCUCACGCCCAUGCUCAACCCCAUUAUCUACAGCCUGAGGAAUAAGGAAGUCCUGGGCGCCAUGGCAAGAGUUUUUGGGAUAUUCUCGUCCAUGAAGUAGUAAUUAUGGCGGCCCUCACUCUGCUUCAUUUCCUCUUUCCCUGUUGGUUAGAAGACCCUAGAGGAGUACUGCCUGGUAGAAAUAUAAUGUGAGCCACG